AUGGAAAAAACGGAAAUUCUCAAAGAGGAAGAGUUCUUAGCUAGCACUGGAGGAAGAGCUGCUCUGGACCAAACCGUAUUGUCUACAAUGGAGGCCUUUGAAAUCAGUGGUAAAGUACUACUCCCCAAUAAUGACAUUGCCUGGUGAGGUGCAAAGCCUAACAAGAGAGAUGGGGUGAAGUGCUUCAUGGUCACGGUGGUCAUCUACCUGAUUCUGCUCUCUGCGGGCAUCGGGUUGCUCGUGAUGAAAGUUCUGAAUCUGCAGGAGCAUCUCAGGACCCUGGAGAUUGACUUCGACAAUGGGACGCUGGAGGCAGAGGACAACCCAUCCUUCUCCUUGCUCUGGUCGGAGCAACGCCCCCGCCUGCCUGCGGGUGCUGUGAGGAUGCAAGUCCUGCAGGCCCAGCUCAGCCAGGUCCGCACCCAGCAGGAGCACCUGCUGCAGCAAGUGGACAACUUCACUCGGAACCCAGAGCUCCUCCGGAUCAAAGGCGAACGCGGCGCUCCAGGCACCCCAGGACAGAAGGGCAGCAAAGGCGAUCAGGGUCUCAUUGGCCUGAAAGGGGAAACUGGCGCUAAGGGAGACAAAGGAAACAUGGGCUCCCCAGGAAGCAAGGGGAACAUGGGCGUGAAAGGAGACAUGGGCGUCAUGGGACCCCCCGGAGCCCAGGGGAGUAAAGGUGACUCAGGGAAACCAGGCUCUCCAGGUGUGGCUGGAAUUCCUGGAAUCAAAGGAGAUCAAGGACCACCUGGAGCAGAGGGUCCUCGAGGCCCUCAGGGUGCAGCAGGAUCCCCAGGUGCCAAGGGAGAGCCUGGCAGAGCUGGUGCCACUGGGCUAACAGGACAACCAGGGAGACCCGGGAGCCCAGGACCUGAAGGCAUGAAAGGAAGCAAGGGAGACACAGGACUUCAAGGACAGAAAGGAACAAAAGGAGAAUCAGGAGUUCCAGGACCUGUAGGCAUGAAGGGAGACAAGGGAAGCCCAGGCCUGGCAGGCCCCAAGGGUGCAACUGGGCCAGGUGGCCAGAAGGGAGACCAAGGAAUGAAAGGAUCUGCUGGGCAGCAAGGAGUGAAGGGAGAGAAAGGCCAGAAAGGUGAAUCCCUGCGACUUGUCAGGAUUGUUGGCUCUGCGAACCGAGGCCGGGCUGAAGUUUUCUAUAACAAUGACUGGGGGACGAUUUGCGACGAUGGCUGGGACAAUUCGGAUGCCACUGUCUUUUGCCGCAUGCUGGGUUACUCUUCGGGAAGGGCCCUUUUCAGUAUGACACCUGGCUCUGGGAUGAUCUGGCUGGAUGAUGUUGCAUGUCGAGGGACAGAGACGACCCUGUGGAACUGCAACAAGCGUAACUGGGGCUCUCACAACUGCAACCACAGUGAGGAUGCCGGUGUGGAGUGCAGCUGA